GCCCACCCGUCAGCGGGCGCGCGGGCUGGGCGGGGCUGGCCCAGGAGGCCCACCCAGCGCGCAUGCGUACGGGAGUAGACAUCCGACGGCGGCGGGGCUCACUCACCGACAUGGCGGCGGCCGGCAGCGACGGGAUGCGGCCGGACACGGCGGUGCAGCGGACCGAGCUGAAGCUGCUGCUGGACACGGCCCUGAGGCCCGGGGAGUCCUGGUACCUGGUGGGCAUGCGCUGGUUCAGGCAGUGGAAGAAGUACGUGGGUUUCGACAGCUGGGACAUGCUCGGCGAGGGUGAUCCCGGCCUCUUCCCCGGGCCCAUCAACAACUCGAGUCUCUUCAGCGAUCCAGAAACUCAGAGUUUAAAAGAAUACCUCAUUGAUGAGCUAGAUUAUGUAUUGGUUCCCACCGAAGCCUGGAAAAAACUAGUAGCAUGGUAUGGCUGCAUAGAUGGACGGCAGCUUAUUGAGAGAAAAGUAGUGGAAUAUGGUCUGUUUGUGAAGUACUGUAAGGUUGAAGUUUAUCUUCUUGAGCUGAAGCUGUGUGAAAGCAGCAAUCCUGACCAUGUAAUUAGCUGCCACUUUAGCAGAGCAGAUACUGUUGCUACCGUCGAGAAGGAAAUGAGAAAACUAUUUAAUAUCCCAGCUGAGAAAGAAACUAGGUUAUGGAACAGGUAUAUGAGUAACGCUUAUGAGCAGCUCAGCGAGCUCGAUACCACCGUGCAAGAUGUAGGGCUCUACCAGGGUCAGGUUGUCCUAAUAGAAGUGAAAAAUGAAGAUGGCUCAUGGCCUGGACAGCAUUUCGUGCCAAAAUCAAGCACUGCAACUAGCAGAAACUUUACUACCUCUUCAAAAUCAUCAGCAAGUUCUUAUUCCUCAGUGUCUGCCACUUCUGUCAUUACUAAUGGGGAUAGCAGUAACUCCUAUGGACUGAACAGCUCCCACCUGGGCAGGGGAGGUUCUGGAUUUGUCUGUAACUCUUACAACUGCAGGGAGAGUGCUCCCCUGUCACAACCUGGACUCUGUGGACUUAGUAACCUUGGAAAUACCUGCUUCAUGAAUUCUGCAUUACAGUGUCUGAGCAAUACCCCUCCUCUGACUGACUAUUUCCUGGAAGAUAAAUAUGAAGCUGAAAUAAAUCAGAGCAAUCCACUGGGGAUGAGAGGAGAAAUUGCAGAAGCCUAUGCAGACCUCAUUAAACAGAUUUGGUCUGGGAGACAGUCUCACGUGGCCCCACGUAUGUUUAAAACACAGGUUGGCCGAUUUGCUCCCCAGUUUUCAGGAUACCAGCAGCAAGAUUCCCAGGAGCUCUUGGCUUUUCUUCUAGAUGGCUUGCAUGAGGAUUUGAACAGAGUGAAGAAGAAGCCCUACUUGGAGCUCAAGGAUGCCAAUGGCAGACCUGAUUCGGAGGUGGCAAAAGAGGCCUGGGAGAAUCAUAGGCUGAGGAAUGAUUCUAUCAUUGUGGAUAUUUUUCAUGGUCUUUUCAAAUCUACCCUUGUUUGUCCCAAAUGCUCCAAAGUUUCUGUGACCUUUGAUCCCUUCUGUUACUUAACGCUUCCACUGCCCUUGAGGAGAGAUCGUCUCAUGGAAGUUACCCUGGUGUAUGCAGACCCACGGCGUAGACCUGUCCAGUACCGGGUUGUGGUGCCGAUGAUGGGGGCCAUCUUGGAUCUGUGUGAAUCGCUCUUCAAACUCUCUGGUGUUCGUGCAGAAAACAUGGUGGUGACAGAAGUGUAUAAUCAUCGAUUCCACAAAAUCUUCCAAAUGGAUGAAGGUUUAAAUCAUAUCAUGCCAAAAGACGACAUCUUUGUCUGGCAAAUGAAAAAUAUUGUGCAUGAAGUGCAAAAUGGACUUUGAGGCUUGCAACUGAACCUGGGGCUUGUGAAGUCAAAUGCAGCCCUUCAUCACAAGUCGAGUCUUCCUCAUGUGAGAAUGUUCCAGUGCAAGGAUGUUGCUUCCAUAAAAUUAUUGUGCCAGUGUGAAGUCCUGCACUAACAUACUCUGGUGCAGUAUGAACAUCCCACUGAGUGGGAUGCUGUGACAUACUGUUUGGUGCUAUUCUGUCAUGUUGUCUGUCGUGACCUCAUUGCUGAGAUGUCAUGUCUGAGUUUUUCUGAAAGUUCUUGUCCUGUUGUUUUCUUCAGUUGCAGCUAAAGGUGUGGCCAGUUAGGAUGCCUGGGAAGGACAUUUGGCUUCUGUGAAAUCUGUUUUCUGAGGGUAUUGUAAAGGGUUAGAUUGUAAGUGAAUCUGUCUCCAAAACUAGUAAAACGUUCAAAAAACAAGUAGUGUGAUAUUACAACAGUAAUUACAAAAAUACCCCACUUGCCUUCAGAAAUAACAUGUUGCAUAUCCCUCCAGAACUGUGUGUGAAUUAGCUCUGCUCUGGGCUGCGAGGAAGCAUUAGCUAGCUGAACUGCAGCUCCACGUGUUUUUUCCUUUGCAGUCACACUUUCUUUUACGCGCAGGUGCAACUGUAAAUGAGAUGAUGCUGUGAGUCAUACUCAUAGUGAGUGAACUGACCUGGGUUAAAAAUAACCCUCCAAGGAAGAGGACAGGUAGCAGGAGGAAGUUUUGCUACUCCUGUUUCUCCAUGUAAAUUCUCGAAGAUGUUUUCAGCACUGUGGGGCAAGAGCAAGCAGCCAGGCACGAGGGCAAGAAUUAGGAGAAAGUUGCUCAUAGGAACUCCCUUUAAUGGGUGAUGCUGCCAGAAAAAAGAUAUGUAAAGUAAUAUUCUAACCUACAGCUGAAAACCAGCCAUUCUUCUAUGGAAAUGAAGUCUUGUCUCAAAAACACAACAGAGAAACAGUUGUUCAUACAGAGCAAAACUUUUUAUUUAAACGGAAAUGCAUAAUUACUUCUAUCAUGGACAAUCUGUUUAUGUUAUAAAAAGUCUGCUCUUAGGUGUUCUAAGAUUUAAUUAAAUCAUUCAAGAAAUGGUAAUAGUAGUGUGAAGGUUCUUAAAUUCCACUCUGUUUCUGUCUGCUAAGGUCUUGUAUUUACUGAAGCUAGUGAGAUAGGAGGGAUUAACAGUACAUCAGUUCUGUGUUAAGACAGGUACAAAGGGCACUGGCGUAAACUUUGAAAAUUGUCACUGAAAGAAAUUGGUUGGAUUUAAGACUAGCUGUGCUAGGCUUUUGGUUCACUGGGCUCUUGCAAAAUGAUGACAUUAACGAUAUGCUGAAGGCUUUUUUUUUUUGUUGUGUUUUGUUUUGUUUUUUUACUCCAUGUGUUGUGUGUUUCUAGUAUGCUUUUAAGAAAUCAUGAUUUUCUUUAGUUUUUCCUUGCAGGAAGUGUUUUUUGUUUUUCUUUGCAUUUAGCCCGUGAUCUGAGGAGUUCUUGAGAUCUCUGUGAUUUAAAACUCUUCAGUAAGUUGAAACUGUCAUGUGUAAGUUUUCAGGCUUUCUAAAUCUUAAUGUUUAAGACUGUGAGAAUUAUCUGAGUUGCUUUUGGAGGGGUAAUAUUGUCUGUUUGGACUUGGUACAUAAUUGCUAAAAAAGUGCAUAACUUCCAAAGUAAUGUGAAUAUUUUUGUCCUGCAGGCUUAAAAACUUGUUUUCUACUGGGGAAUGUACUUGUAGCCAUAGAGGUGCAUCUCUGCCUUCUGCUUUUUGCAGAAAUAAUGAUUUUAUACCUGCUGGAGAGGACUCCUGCACAGAACCCCACCCCGGCACCUGUAGCUGUCGCACUGGCCCUUGUACAUUUUCCUUCAGUGCUGGGACCUUUCUUGGGUUGCCUGCUUGCUCUUUUUGAUGAGAAGCAGAUGCUGCUCUGACUUGCACCUACCACUGCUACCCAUCUUGGGCUGGACCCAGGCACUGCAGUGCACGCUCUCUUUGUGAGACUCUUCUCCAAAACCAGAGCAGGAACAGCCCAAUUCACUCCUGUGUUCUCUGGUUAACUUGUUCCUUCUAGCCUAACUGGUUUUGUGUUCUUAAAAUUUCCUGCUCUUGUUUCUUUUUGUUUUUUUCAUGAAAACAUAGCUUAUGCUUAUCCUAAGUGCUUGGUGAGUAACACUCGGCAUUUGUUACUGCACCUUAGCUGGGUUGAUGUAAUUGUGGAACUAGAUGAUAACCUGGGUCAGGAUACAGGGCAGUGUUAAAAUAGCCGUUCUCUUGUCCAGCAUGGAGUGCUGUGUUGCUCUGUACACAGCUGUGCUGGUGUAUGCGUGGAAGUGGCUCAAGAAUGGGGCAGGGGCAGAUUAAACAGAAACUUCUCAAGUGCUCCUCAAGCUGUUACUUUUCUGACAGAAGUUGUCAUCAGUAGUGUGUCAGAUCAGGGCUUGCUGUCUUCCUGAAGAUGCUGUGAGAUGCGUGGCUGGAGAAUGUGGCAACCUGGUGGUCAUAUGUUCAGAUUGCUGCUGCUACCACCAGUAACUUCAGGAGUUUCUGUUACCCCAGCAACAUAUGUCUUAGAUUGCAGGCAAAUAUCUCGCUGUUUAUUAAAUGUAGGAAUAAAAAAAUAUCUCUUGCAGUAUUUCUCCAGGUCUGCUUUGCUGACAAUGGUAGCCAGACCUGGUUCUGCCUAUGACAAUAAUAUCCCUGUUGGUUUGACAGACGUCUGAAUUUAGAGUAUUGUGCACUAGCCAGCUAGCAACUCAUGUCUCAAUUCAAAAUUCAAGGAAGAUUCUAAUAUUGUGGAAGAUCUGUGCCCAGCAGGGAUGUGAUUAAAAAAAAAAAAGCCAGUACUUUUGUACUGUUGUCUUGCUUUUGACACCAAUGUCUGUUAAGUCUCAACUUUCAGUUUAGACCUCUGUAUUGGUUGGUUACUGAGAAGAAUAUAAAUUUCCGUGAAAUGCUACAGUUGUAAAUGACGCUGUCACUGAGCAGGAGCUCACACAACACGUUGCAGUAGGAGUAGCGUAGCUGGAAUGUGCUUUAUUGGUUUUCUUAUAUUUGCUUGACAGGGGACACAGUCUGCAGGUGCAGAUAUUGUAGUCCAGAUGGUACUGUUGAUGAAUAUUUGUGAGAUGGGGUGGUAUGUAUAGAAUGGGUUGUACUGAAUAUUGAGCUUGCAACUUUUUAAGGUGAUUUCAGUGGUUGGAAAAGCUGGAUUUUUUCCUGUUUUCACUGUAGGAGUAUGAGGGAAGACCUCUUCAGCUUUCUGUGGUUCUUACAGGGUAUCUUGGACAUCUUGAGACAUACCUUGUGAAUUUUCAUGUGCCCCCGGAGGGAGAUGCUGAAUUUGGGGGUGGGGAGGGGG